UAUUCAUAUCCAUAUCAUUAUGCAAAAAUGACCGGCAUUAAUUCAAAAAUUUUCAUAACCCCCAAAAUUAUAUUACCGCUAAAAGGAUAAAACCGACGCAUUAACUGAGAAAUACGACUAAGCUAAACGGUUUUCGUCACUUUGCAGUUCAACAGCGACACUUUUCUCCCCAAUAUCACUUUUAACAAAUUCACUACAAAUUAAACCAUUUUUUACACUAGGAGAUAGAAAAUUCUGCAGAUUUCCCCUUCAAUCGCCGAAUCGUCGUAUCACUUGCUGCAGAUUUCCUCAAUUGAUGAUUGUUUCAGCAGAAGCUUAAUGUACCUGGUAAUAUAAUGAGUUAUCGAAGUAAAAGAACAAGAAUUGCGGCUACUCCCAAAGUCAAAGACACAAAGAUUCCAUCAGUUGAAGAUGUUGUUGCACAGGUAGUCCAGGAUGUUGCUGCUGCAGAAGCGCAAGACGAGGAGACCCUACGCAGUUGCAACCAGAGGACAGACCAAGCUGCAAUGAACCAGCCAUCCCAAGCUACGUAUACUCAGGAAGAUGAUGUUAGAGCCAACUUGCUAAAAACAUCAACAAGAGAGACCCAUGCACCUUCGCCAAGCCAACCAUCUUCCACUGACCCAUCUUCCCGUUUUAGAGCUGGACGUAGGCGAUCCAUACGUGCUAAAGAUGGUGUUCAGCCAAACCAUGGUGAUGCUCCAAGAGGAGCUCAAGCUCUCGAGACCCAGCUUAGUUCAAGCUGCAACACAUGGAUAAACGAUCCUUCAAUGACUGAGCCCAGACAAGCUACAACUACAGAUGAUGUCAGGCCUAGCAAGAGAAGUGUUGCUGAAAGACAGUUCCAUACACCUCCGCCAAGUCAACCACUUCCUGCCGAUUCUCCUAGCCAACUUAGAGCCUCAAAGACGCAGUCAUUUUGUGUCCAGGAAGAUGAUGAUGAGCUGUUCCAGCAAGGGUUGUCACAAGGGAGGCACCCAAAACCAGCUAAGUGGAGUGAUGAUAUAGAAUUUGAUGAAAUGGAGGAGAUCGAGAUGAGGGAUCUAGAAGGGAGGCGUGGAAAGAAGGGAGGAAGAAUUCUUCCUCGGCAUGUUUGGUCUCUUCAACCUGGUGUGAGGUUUGUGGUCCCUGUUAAUGCAUUUGACCAACCAGUGAGGAAGGGGGGUUAUGUGCUUGUCAAGUUCCUAGGGGAUGUAGCAAGGAAUGGUGAACUAUGUCCUAUUGGUGAAGUGAACUGGCAUAAGGUGGAUAAAAAUUGUAAAGUCAACAUUAUAAACUUGAUUCGGGAAAAGUUCGUGCUUCCUGACCGAGACGAAAUUGACAAAAGCAUUCUUAAACAUGUGGGAAAGAAAUGGAGGGCUUAUAGACACGAGCUUAAGGUGCAAUUUAAAAAACCUGACAGAGCACAAGAACUAGUGGCCAGCAUUGUGCCAAAAGGAGUGAAUUCUACCCAGUGGUUUAAACUUGUACAAUACUGGUUUUCAGAGAAAUGUCAGUUCUUAUCUGCCAAGGGAAAGGAAGCACGGGCUCUUCAAUCCCAUCUUCACACUACAGGUGGCAAAAGCUUUGCCCGGAAGAGGGAUGAAUUUGAGAAGACACACGGAAGAGAGCCAGGAGCGUUGGAAUGGUUCGCUCAAACUCAUCUGAGAAAAGACGGAACAUAUGUUGAGGACUCUUCCAAAGAAUUCUUGGAUGCUGCUGCAGCGCUGGUUGCUAAACGUGGUUCCACCUCUUCUCCUGCCGAGCGUAUUGCCAUUGAGAAUCAGGUUUUUAAUGAGCUCAUGUACUCUGAUGACGACGAGAGAUGCCAGCGACCUAUUGGAUAUGGGUUUGGAGUCAAUCGGAAUAAGUUGUUUGGGGUUGGUGGAGAGUUGAGAAAAAGAGGAUAUCUGGCAUCGGGUACUUCCACAGAAGUUGGGAGUGGCUCCCGAAAUAAGCUAUUUGGUAUUGGAGCAGAGCCAAAGAGAAAUAAGUACUCUACAUUAGAUACUUCAAAAGAAGUGGAGAGGUUGAACUUUGCGAUGGAAGCUAUGAGUGAGACCAAUGAAGUUAUGCAAGCCCGAAUUCAGAUGCAGUCUCAGCAAUUGAAAAUGCAAUCCCAGCAGUUGCAAAUGCAGUCCAAGCAGAUGGAAGGAUUGCAAUUUCAACUUCAACAAGUAACUUCUUUGCUGACCAAGUUUGGAGUGAUGCUGAACAAUCCACAAAAUGAUCCUACGCGCAGAGGGGUUUUUCGUCAAGGCCCCAAUACCAUGAAUGCACAGGUUUCCGAAGCUUCAUCUGAAGAUACUGACAGUGACUCUGACAGUAUAGAGUGGGACUGAGAUCAGCGAGGUAGACAUCUGCUGCUCUAGGCAUAGUUUCAUAUACAAGUAUGUUGCUUCUACCUUGUAUCUCCUUAUUGUGACAUUAACUGAUGUGUAUUUCCUUAUUGUACUAUGGGUCAUACAUUCAUAUUGUGUAACUAUUCUGUUUAUCUUUUCCUGUCCGCUCUCUCAAACAAAACCCUAAAAAGUGUUGUAAUUUAUUAGUGAUUAUUCAGGAAGUAAAGGAAGCUGAAUCAAUCUUGUGACUAAUGUAAGUAGUCAUUUUAGAAGCUUAAUUUUGGAACUUAUAUGUAGUAGAAUAAAUUCUUAACAAGAGGGGAAGCUAUUAAGAGGAAAAAUAUUUUGGGUACAUUUUAAGUUGACUGACAAUGGAACUUAUAUUUUUUUUUACGUGUA